UGACUGCAGACGCUGCCCCGGAGUCACUCGUGUCCAGUCAGAUAUAGGGCACAGGAGGGGGGCAAGGAACUGCUCUUACAGCAGGGUGUAUGUAUCUAAAUGUGUCACACUAAGUCUAGUAGGAACACAGUCACACUUUAGAGGCUUCAGGGCGCGGCUCAGAGGAGGGGGUGGGACUGGAAUCCUGCCCCAGGAGCACGAGCGCUGCUUCAGGCAAUGCGAGCAGUGACAGCUGGACAUGGAGCACAACGGAUCUGUGGGCAGGUGUAUGGAGCAUGAUCAGCGGGGAUCCGGGGUUCAGUCUGGCAGACAGGGCUCUGCCGAGUCAUACAGCGCGGUGACCAUGCGCAAAGUACCAGGCAGCAGCGCCCUGCAAGGGGAUAAUCAGGCCCCAGCAGAACAGGACUCCUCAUCAGACCUCAUAAAGGACGACUAUAAAAAAAUGGGGACUCUGUUUGGAGAACUUAACAAAAUGAUGAUCUCAUUGGGUUUCUCCAGAAUGUAUUUUGGUGAAAGGACUGUGGAGCCGGUACUUCUGCUCUUUUUUGCAGUAAUGCUGUGGUUCCUUGGAGUACAAGCUUUAGGACUGGUGUCUAUACUUUGCCUUGUCAUUAUUCAUAUACAGUAACAAAACAGGGCAUAUCGUAUUGGGUCAAUAAAUUGUUUUCUGUAAAAAUUAUUUAAAAGAUGUCUUAAAAAUGUACAUUUGUUUUAAACAUAAUAGCACAAGCAAUAUUUUACAUUGUUACAAGAAUGUUUACUUUAUCCUACUGUCCAGUAACAAAGUACAUUGACAAACUAAUUAUUAAACCUAUUUUCAAAAAAAUGAACAGUAAUGAAAAUUCAUUGUUAAUGAUUUUAUGAAAUGUUCUAUCCAGUAAGCAGUUUUAUAACAUUUGAUACUAACAUAAUAUUUGAUGUCCUUACUUCAGUUUUGAAAUUGAAAAUAUGCAAGGUUAUGACUAGGAUUUGUGUCAUGUUAAAAAGCAGAAAAUCUUACUCCGCUUUUGGUUUAUACAGAGAAUGGAAAGCAUAAGCCUUUGAUUUGCAUAGCAAAUAAUUGUUCACUGCACUGGAAAUAUUCAUCUAAAAUGAUACUUCCUUUGCAGUGAAACUAGAAAGGCAAUGUACAGUGCAGUUUUCCAGUUAAGCAGGAUUCUAGUGUAGUAAACUGAAUAUCGUAUGCAGGAAAGUUUUGUGCAGGGAAACCGGUUCAGGUGCUGUACAAAUUAGCUUUGUACUGCAUCUGAAACCUGCUUCAUUGCAGAGAGUGUCAGUAAGGGGGGGGGGGGGGGGUUAAAUCAGAAAUGAGAGGCAAUCCAGUGGUGAAACACUAGCAGGCAAAAGGAGGUGUAGGCAAAUAGUGAUCAGAAAUACACUAAGCCAUACACUGGUAACCAAGCAAACAAGCAUCUGGUUAAACGAGGCCAAGAACACUCUGGAUUAGUCAUUCAGGUAGGUCAGACAAAGGAUUACACCUUACAGAAGUCAACAAACUGUAACUACAAACAGGUUCAUGAAGCACAACCCUUUAACUCUCAAGUAUGCCGGAAGUCAUAACAGCAGCCUGAAAGCUACCAAAGCUGCAACACAAAUGGGAAACGAAGCUCAGUGUUUAAAGGAACAGUAUACACUAAUUUUCAUAUAACUGCAUGUAAUAGACACUACUAUAAAGAAUAAUAUGCACAGUUACUGAUAUAAAAAUCCAAUGUAAAACCUAUUAAAAACUUACUUAGAAGCUCCCACUAUCAUAUAACAGAUUUUCCUUUUCUCUUAUAAACCAUACAUAUUUAGAUUGUUGAGUUUUUCUUUGUAUGUUUUCUAUUUUAGGCUAUGUACCCUUUUGGUAGCCAGUCCUGUUUCUAGUUUAUAUCCUUCUGUAGAUAUGGCCCCCAGAACUGUACACAAUAUUCAAGAUUAGGCUUAACUAGUGAUCUGUAAAGUGGCAUAAGAACCUUGCUAUUUCUGCUAUUAUCACCCCUCCCAAUGCAACAAAGUAUUCUACCGGCUUCACUGCUGCAUUAUUUACCAAAUUUUAAAUAAUUUGAAAUAAUACUUCUCAUGUCUUGUUCCUCUUUACUUACAGUCAGUAAUGUACUAUUAAGACUGUAAUUGGCCUUAGAUCCCAUUUUUAUUUUUUAAUAUAACGGCUCAUUUAAUCCACCCCUUCUGGAACAACUCUGUUACAAAUAUUUGUCAUUUAUAUAUUUUAUGCUUUUUAUGUUCACUGUUUUCUCGAUCUCCAAGAUAAAAAGAAUCCUUUCUAAAACACAAAACUCUGUACAUGUACUGUUUAUAAUGUAAAAAUGUGCAAUGUUGAUCACACGUACAAUAAAAUAAUUGGGAAACGCAA